AUGAAUGACACUUCUCUACCAUCAGGCCUCACGCCAAAAAAGUCAAUGACAUCAAUCGCCUCCAAAAAACUUGCUUGUAUGCCUACGCCAUAUGGGACUAUACCUAGGCGAACAAAAAAGAAACAGAAAACGUCAAACGCAUCAAUGGGCAGCAGGCAACAGAAGGCAACAACACCCUAUCCAUUUUUUACACCCUCUACGGGAUCCGUUUUCUCAUUGAUUGUUGAUAAACUGUUUCAUAAUAUGACACGCUUUGGUUGUAGUAUCAACAGCUCUAGCUGCAAUAGUAACACUACAGGACACAUUGGAUUCAUGCCGUGCACAACACCUCACACCAACAAAACACAGACUUCUGAAUUAGAAAUUAUUAUACCUGUUACUUCAAGUACGACUCCUCCAAUGAACUGCCACUAUAAUAGCCAUUAUCAUUACAAUAGUGGUGGUAGUAAUGGGAUGUCUGACAGCUGCAGCUUGUUGAGUACAAGCAGUAGCUCUUAUUCAAGCACAAGCAGCAGUGGCAAGACAAUCGCCACGACACCAAUGGAUGACUAUUAUAAUGUUAGUACGACCUCAAUUUUAUCUGACAUUUUAUGUGACCAUUACGUCCAAACACAAAUCAAUACCAUUACUCCGUCUUUAUCCGAUACGGGCGCCAAUGGUAAUAAUAACACAGACGACAGCAUUGACGUACCGCUCGAGACUUUCUGUAUAUAUGAAGCGCCUGUGGAAGGAUCUGAAAAAGAAAACGCUUCCACUGUCAACGCCAGUACGACUACUGUGUCCGCAGUGUCAACCCUACACGCAGAAGCGGCAGAAGAGGACUUUAUUUGCCAGAAAGGUGAUCAAUUAAAUUGGAUGAUAAGCUAUCUAUUACCAAAUACAGAAUUUGAGCAGAAUAAAGAAUGGACACUGGUAGAAACAUUGUCUAACCAAGAAAAAAAGACCAAACGACCAAGGACAAAGAGGCAACACGCCUUGAAUACAAUCAGCACAGAAAGGCAAAAUGCAAUGACAGCAGACACCACCGAACAAGAAGAUGACGAUGAUAACGAAGACGAAGAAGAGAGGAUCGAGGAGGCUGAUACGGAUAAUGAGAGUGACCAAGAAAAGCAAUUACCAAAAGAUGUGUCUAUUGACUUGAAAAACAAGAACAAAAACAGCAGCAGCAGCAGCAGCAGCAGCAGUAGUAGUACUAUUUUACUGGCUACCAAUAAAAAGAAGAAUAAGGCUGCGAAAUCGUACUAUUUUCAACACUAUCAUCAUAACCGUGAUGUUCGCGCAAAUGCAGCCUAUCUAAGAAUAAUUGUAGCAGAAGUCAAUAUGAUGCGUUCGCAAAAGAUUGUAGGUCCUUUACGGCAACGUAGAGUACUUCCUAAAAGAGCAGAUAGGUUCAUUCGAAGACCAAGUCCACUUCAACUCAUCAUAGUCUAG